AUGGAUAGGAGCUUCCCGGCUUUGUUCGUCCGAGGUGGUACUUCCAAUGGGCUGGUAAUACAACGUAAAGACCUGCCUCCGGAAGGCGAGUGGCACAAUAUUCUACCUACGGCUAUGGGUUCUCCUGAUCAUUAUGGUCGACAGCUCAACGGCAUGGGAGGAGGAAUCUCUUCUACAUCCAAGAUAUGCGUCUUAUCCACAUCAUCACGACCAGAUGCAGAUAUUGACUUCACCUUUGUCCAAGUUGGGAUCAAAGAUGGCUCAUUGGAUAUGGCGGGCAACUGUGGGAACAUGUCCUCAGCAGUUGGGCCCAUGGCCUGGGACAGUGGCCUCGUUAUGGACAAGGAAGGCAAAAUAUCCCAACUAGACGGCCAAACUGGAUAUCAGGAAGCUACCGUGAGAUUCUUCAACACAAAUACUUCUAAGGUGGUACAUUCUCGCUUUCGAGUUGCAGGCACGCCACCUGAAUAUUGCCCUCGAGGCGACUUCGAGAUGGAAGGUGUUCCUGGAACCCAGUCGCGAAUCACGCUGAGCUUUCUGAGGCCAGCUGGUGCAAAGACUGGAAAGGCUCUGCCAACGGGUAAAGCCGUGGAUGAAUUGGCACUAUCAGAUGGAAGCAAGAUCGCUGCUUCCCUAAUCGACGUAUCAAACCCUGGCGUCUUCGUCAGACUUCAGGAUGUGGGUGUUGAUAUCUCGCAGCCAGAGACUCUUGCAAGAACUUUCACGCCUCAAGUUGUGGAAGCAGACGCCAGGCUCAAAGCUCGGCUUGAAGAAAUACGACGGGCGGGAGCAAUGAAGAUGGGCUUAGAUCCCAGCAUCGAGAGCGUGCCAAAGAUUGUAAUCCUUUUCCCUGAUCCCGGGAGCUCGGCAGUCGAUAUCCGCUGCCUAGCCUUGUCCAUGGGCCAGGCGCAUAAAGCCGUACCUUUGACACUUGCUUUGUGUCUAGGCGCAGCAGCCAACAUCUCUGGAACUAUAGCUGCUGAACAGAUCCGGCAUCGGGAGGAAGGAAAAACAUCAGUUGUGAUUGGGCACCCUAGCGGCAAAGUCGAGGUUGGGACGACAAUGGAGAAUGGGCAGGUCAUUUCAGCGGAAUUGCACCGCACAGCCAGGCUAUUGAUGAAAGGCGACGUAUUUUACUAA